AAUUUCAUUUGCAUUUUAUAGUUGAGAAAGUUAGAUUAAUUUAAUUUGCAUUUUCAUGCAUGUUCGAAUCGAAAUUAUUAAAUCAUGUAUACAACAACUAGUUCGAAACAAGAAGGAGGGUACACUAGCGUAGCAACGCAAGAGACCGAUCAAAUUAAUACUCCUCUUGAAACAGAGGUUAAACCAUGCCUACACACAACAACGACAAUAAACAUGGAUCAAGAUGUCGGAGGAAAUAAUAGAGGUUUCGAUCAAUUUAUGUUGGCUCUCCUUGUGUUCAUGUUAGGUUCAUGUAUGGUCUACGCGAUAGCUGAUUCAAUCAUGCAUAGAAAUGACCAGAUCUUGGAACAUGACUUCAUGGUGGACAAGUUAGAGGUUCCAUGUUCUUUAUUAAAUGUAUCAAAUAUGCAAUUGAAUGGCAAUUGGAAAAUUACCAUGAUGGUUAACAAUCGUAGCUACAAAUCGAAAUUAACAAAGGACUUUUAUUAUGAGAAUUCUGUCAUCAUAAUUUUAUACGAAAAUAAUAUUAUCUCCGCGACAACGUUACCAGGGUUCUACCAAGGAAUAAAUAAUACAAAACUUGUUGAUGCAACAUUUGCUUCUGUUGGAAUACCUACUGAUGAAUAUGUUCAUGGAGCCAUUUCAAGAAGUUGGAAUUCAAAAUUACCAAUGUUUGUAAAUGUAAAAAUUCUUGGUUGGGUUAAAUAUUUUCCAGGAGAAGGUUGGUCAGAAAAAUGUAGAAUAACUAUUUCAUGUUGGGAUGUGAAGUUAGAAUUUUUUCCAACAACAAAGGAUGCAACAAUUCUAUCUGGAAGAGGCUCACAAAAAUAAUAAUAUGGUUCCUAUGUGCCUAUACCUCAAACCGUGGAUAAGAUAAAUGCACCCUGACCACAAACUGUUGAUCCUGGGCAUAUCUAUAUGCUUAAAAGCCAAGUGAAGCUAAUGUAUUUGAGAAAUUUGAGAAUAAAAUCGGUUAAGAUUGUUGUGUUUUGGUCUUGUUUAUGU